AUGUUUAUUAUAGCCAAAACCCCCUUUUCUAACAAAGAGGCGAUUAUCGAGGCAAUUCCAAGUCAGGACAUUGCUGAAAUACGAAGCCUUAUAUCGCAGGAAUUGGGGUCCAUAGAAUUUCCAGUGGAUCGUCUUCGUCUUUUUUACGGCGGAAAACAACUAGAAGACUGUAACACGGUACAUGAAUACGACAUAAAAAACAAGCACACCAUUCAGGUAACAUUAAAGGCUCUUCCUGUUCAAGAAGAGGCGGCCUCCUCGUCGUUUAUGAGCAUUGAUGAGCCUGCUUCUCAAGAAACUGUCGCGAGUUCUUCCCUAAGUUUCGUCUCUGAAAUCGGCACGAGUAUUAAUGAAAAUGUUCCAGCUUUUGAGGAAGAAGUCUAUUAUUGUGAGGCAUGCAAUAAUAACAAUAGAAAAAAGUGUAAGGAGUGUGGAUGUCAUCGAUGUGGCAAAAAGAAUGAUGAAGAGCGUACAAUUGUUUGUGAUGAGUGUCAGUACAUUUAUCAUUGGUAUUGCUUGGAUCCAGUAAUCACAGAACUUCCGGCGGAUAGCUGGUUCUGCGAGUUUUGCGUUCAUGAUGACGAAGAAAUCUUAACCGCGGGGAAAAAACUAGAUCUAAGUAAAUCAAAAAAAUCGAAAAUGCCUUCCGCAACACAAGAAAAGAAUUGGGGACGUGGUAUGGCAUGCGUCGGUCGUGAGAAAGAAUGCACUAUAGUCGGUCCAACAUUCAGAGGAAAGAUUCCUGGUGUACCUGUUGGUUCUUCAUGGCUAUAUCGCAUAAACUGUUCCGAAUCUGGUAUCCAUCGACCUCCUGUUGCUGGGAUAGCUGGUGGUGCUGCUACUGGUGCUGUAUCUAUUGCCCUUUCUGGUGGUUAUCCCGAAGACGAAGACAACGGAGAUACAUUCACUUAUACAGGCGCUGGUGGUAGGGAUUUAAAAACGGGAAAUAAAAGAAUGGCGAAACAGACAUUGGAUCAGAAACUUGAUAAAACUAAUUUGGCGCUUGCGCGGACUUGUGAUGCACCUAUCAGCGAGAAUGGCGCAACGGCUAAUGAUUGGCGAAAAAGUUUGCAGAUUCGAGUUGUACGAGGUGAAAAAUUAAAAAAACAUAACUCCAAAUAUGCCCCUGAACAAGGCUACCGAUAUGAUGGCAUUUAUAAAUUGGUUAAAUAUUGGAAAGAGAAAGGAAGCUCAGGUUUCUAUGUUUGGCGAUAUCUAAUGAGACGAGAUGAUGACGAACCUGCACCGUGGACAAAGGAGGGGAAAGCCUUAAUUGAAAAAUUGGGUCUAGAAAUGUACGUUCCCGAGGCAAUCCAAAAGAAACGGAUGAAAAACCAACAUGAUGACGAUGACAAGGAUCAAGACGAGGAAUUAGCAUCGUCGUCAUCCCCACCAAAGCCCAAGAAACUCAAAAAAAGAUACACUCCUUCAAAGGAUCUCAAAGCACUAAUCAAAAAAGACAAAAAAAAUGUACGAGCCUGGAAAACUGUUUUGGAAGCUGAAACUUACACCGAAUCAGAAUUCAUUGAAGCAAUUCAGCGAGAAUUCUGCUGUGCUGUUUGUCAAGAUCUGGCUCAGCAACCUGUUACUACUAAAUGCGUGCAUAACUUUUGUAAAACAUGUCUAGUGCGUGCAAUGAAAUAUAACAAUGAUACAUGUCCCACUUGCAGACAAGACAUACAAGAGAAAGAAGUAGUAAAUCAAGCUCUUGUGAACGCAAUAAAGUUCGUGAUUCCGCAGUACGAUGAACCGGAAGUGCCGAAAAAGUCUAUCAAGAAGGCUACAAGGACUACCAAGGAUGCGUAA